AUGAGAGACAUCACUAUAUAUAAGUUUAUAUACCAUUUCUAUCCGAUGGGACGAGUGAAGUGCGAACAAGAGAUAUGUCCCAAAUUGAAUUGCACCGAACAGACCACCAUCACUGGCUCCUGUUGUCCCGUCUGUGCCAAUCAAUUGGAUCCGUUGAACGCAAACAACACAUCGACAAAAGGAUGUUAUUUAGAGGGGGACAAGAAAUUUCAUUUAGCUGGCAGUCGAUGGCACCCAUAUCUGCCACCAUUUGGUUUCGAUAAGUGUUCGCUCUGUACUUGUCUGGCCAAUUCGUUGACAAUACAAUGUGAGCGCAAUAUUGAGUGUCCGGCCCUUACAUGUGCUGAACAGGAAGCCUAUCGCGAGAAUCCGAUGGAUUGCUGCAAACGCUGUCCCAAUGCACUUCCAGUCAAAUCGAUUGUGUCGGUCGACCAGUUGGGAGACCAGAGAUCUAUCGGCGGUGUAAUGAAAAGUCCGCACGAAUUGAUGGCAUUGGGAGGCUGUAAAUUCCGGGGAAGAGUGUAUCCAAACGGUGAUGAAUGGCAUCCGACUGUACAGCCAUUUGGCGAAGUAAAGUGUGUUAAGUGUCGCUGUAAGGACGGCCACUCGAAGUGCAAGCGUAUUGUUUGCCCCAAAAUAACUGCCUGUAGUAUUGUUAUCAAUAGGAAUAACGAAUGCUGUCCGAUAUGUGCUGAUGAUAUGGAUGGUAUGAUGAUGAAGAAUCAACCGGAAAACCCGGUCCACCACAGGAGGAAUAAGGGCAAUAAGAGGCGGAGGAAUAAUCGUCGGGCUCUUCACAGAAAGUCGCAAAGAGUUGAUACGAAUGCUGACAAAAUGGUCGCUUAAAUCGCUAUAUAAUCAGAACUCUUAAUAAUUGAAUCUGAAAUACAAAAUCAUAUAAUAAUGUUAAUGAAAAUUCAACGCCAAACUAAUAAUACACGAGUUAUAACCAGUAUUUGAGUCACGCAUAUAAAAAAGCAUACAUAUUAUCAUUGAUCGGAAAUAUGGUUUAUGUGUUUGAUUUUGAAUCCAUUUGUAUUGAUUGUCAACGAAUUGUUUCGGGGUUUUUAACAAAAACAAAAUCGCAAACUGUUUUUUACAUAAUAUUUAUCGCAAAUCACAUUCAGAUCUAACUUUGGUUACAAUUCUGUUGACAAUAACAGCGAAACAAACAAAAUCUAUAUAUAAAUGUGUCAAUUGUUUUGUCAAAAUGUCUUAUAUCCUAUGAAAUUGAAAUACAAGUGAAGUAUGAAAAUAAUUGCGAAUAAAGCCUAAGAGAAAAGACAUUUUUUAAAUGUAAAAGAAAGUCAUAACU